UCGAGGUGUGGUACUGCGUGGAGCCGUUACUCUGACAGGACCCCGGGUGCGUGCCUGACUUUUCUGUGCACAGAGCGGUAAACAUGUCGCUGCCGGGGGACACGGGGGACGCUUCUCGUCAGACCUGCGUCAGUUACAGUCUGAAAGCGUCAUUCAAUAAUGUAAAAACACCGCAAUGAGCAUUCUGACGCUCGGAGCCUCAGUUUGACGCAGAGUGCGCAGGACGGCGGCGCAGCCUGUUGCCGUUGGCAACUGGAUCUCUGCGACUUGUCCUGUCCUCACGUGAUACGGAAAAACAAACGCGCGGCACUGAGUUACAGUUUCUGUCUCCUCUGGUCGAUGAAGCGUGUCAGUGUCUCUGUCGGUCCACCUCCACAACAGACGCCGAUGAUUGAAUGUGAUGCAGAGGCACAGCAGGAGGACAGACACAGGUCCCAGCUGUGUCAGAUCUGGAGGGGAAACCAAACCAGCCCGCAGAGCUCACAGCAGAAAGAUCCCUUACAGACUGGGAUACAACUGGAACAAAGGUGGAAGACUCAAGGAGCUGAGAAUCAGGCACCUGGCCAGAAAGUUCCUGCACAUGUGGAUGGAGAAAACCUUUGGUCGAGUUCCACCUCAUAAAGCCAGGUCUCACUAUGACAGUGUGGUGCUGAGACGAGCCAUAGAAGGAUGGAGAGACGAGUGGUGGACGUCCAGGAGAGAGUGGAGUCUAACAACAAGGGCACAGUGUCACUACAGGUAUUAUCUGUGUAACUGGGCGUUUCAUCGCUGGCGAACAUAUGUCUCACUGCAGAGGGAAAAGAAGAGUAAACUAAAAAACGCUCAAUCAUAUGCUGACAGGCAACGGAUCCGUCAGGUCUGGGAGAGGUGGGAGGUUUUCGUAGAGAUGAGACGUAUGAAGAAGACGAUGAUUGAGUUAGCUGUUGAGCAUAACAGACUCGCAGCUCUGCAUUCUGCAUGGAGCUUAUGGCGGACCAGGCUGCAGCAGCAACAAGACCUUUACACCUUGGAGGAGCAAACUGUCAAACAGCAGGCGCUGAUUUUAAAGAGAAGGGCUUGGCUUCAGUGGACAGAAAUGCACGUAGCUUUUCGUUGUCAGACGGAGAAAGAAUCCAGAGCUUCACUUCACUUCAUCCUCAAACUGAAAAGAAACACACUGCGUCAGUGGACGAGUUAUGUGUCCUUCUGCCAAACCAAAAGAUCGUCACAAGCCGCAGCUCAUCGUGCCUGUUACCUCCGCCUGGUGAAGAUGUGUUGGAGUAAUUGGAGGAAGGCGUUGCAUCGCAGGUGGAGUGAGGAGGAGCGAUUACAAGCUGCAGGGCAGUUAGCCAUUCAGAGCACCCAACGCAGAGCACUGGAGCGAUGGAGAACUUAUGUGACGCUCAGCAGAGACGAAGCUGAAGUGAACCAGAUGGCGGUUCAACACCACCAGCAUCAUCUGUUGUGCGCUGGACUGCAGGGACUUUUUCUCAACGUCACCUGGAACAAAACACGUCGCUUGAACAACAACAUUGCUCUCCAGCAUUAUGAUCAAACUAUGAUGAGGAAGUUUUGGAGGCUGUGGCAGGAUCGACUGGAGGAGGCGGAAGACAAGAGUUUUCAACCUCUAACAGAACAGGCAGCGACCAUCUACAGCUUGUCCCUGCUGAGCAGCUGUUUUCACAACUGGAGGGAGAAACUUGCUGAACAGAGACACAUGCAGGAACUGGAGCAUCGAGCAGACGUUUGGUUUGCAGGACGUGUGAUGCCUCAGUGUUUCAACUCAUGGGUGGAGUUCACUCUUCAGAGGAGACUCCACAAACACAGGAAACACAAUGCUGAAGUUUUUAACCAGCGGCGUCACUUCACUUGGGUGUUCUACACCUGGUGGGGACGAUCAGAGAAGCACAGGGAGCAGAUGCUCUCUGAGCGAAUGGCAAUUCUUCAUGAGGAGCAAUACCACAUGCAGAGAGCCUUUGCUUUCUGGAGGCAAAGGACAGAGCAGAAGAUCAGUGAGCAGGAGAAACAGGAAGCUUCAGAACGUCUGUACCUGCAACGACUUCUCCACAAGACAGUGACGCAGUGGAAGGAAAACAGCUCUGAGAUACGAGACAGGAGAAGCAGAGAACAGCAGGCCUAUCAUCAGGGUGACCUGUGCUGCUUGAAAUGGGCUCUGGAGAAAUGGAAAAAGUUUGUCCAGAUCCAAAGAGUGAAAAAAAGAAAACUAGAGGAGAUGCAGCGUUUCCAUGAAACUAAACUUCUCAAAUGCACCUUUGUGGCCUGGAAGACGCACAAUCUACAAAUGUCUCAAGUCUAUGAGCAGGCAGAGGAACUUCACAGGCAGAAAACUGGGAACUUUCUCAGAAUGGUUCUGUCAGUGUGGAGGGAGAAUGCAGUGCUGCAGGCAGAGAGUCGACACCUGGAGCAACGAGCACUGAAUCACUCUCAGCACUUUCUUCUGUCCAAGGUGUUUCUUGUGUGGAGAGAAGCAACUACACUUGCAAUGAUAAAGCGCCACCAGCAGGAGGAGGCAGUGAGCAGGGCCCAGAGAUCCAUAAACCAAGUGUUUCUGCUGCGGUCAUUCACACAGUGGAGGAAACGAACCAGAGAGGCUCGCAAAGAGAGGAUGUGUAUGGAAAAAGCCAGACAGCACCAUGACUCCAAACUCCUCUCUAAAGCCCUGAAACAUUGGAAUAAGUAUCAAGACCAAAACCGGAAAAAUAAGGUGAUGAAACGACAAGGAAUCUUGUUGCUGAGAUUGAAGAUGUGCCAGACCUACUUUGAACAAUGGAAAACAAAGCUGCAUCACAGACGAAGAGAAGCUAAGCAGACGGAGAAAGCGCUCUGGCACUGGUCUCUCACUCUUCAGUCCAAGGUGCUGUAUGGAUGGAGGCUGUGGGUCACUGAGCAGCGCCAGAAGCAGGAGCAGGUGGCCAUAGCUGCACGGGUCUACAGAGACGAGCUGCUGAGGGAGGGCGUCACGUGCAUCCUCACAUAUGCUGCUCACAUGAACGAUCUCACGACGAGCCUCACGCAGCACAGCCAGGAACAAACAUCCCGGCAUCUCCAGAGAGUGGUCAAACGUUGUGCUAUGCGGUGGAAGCAGCGGGCGCUUUGUAAACCUCAAAGAGAAAAAACAGUCAAAGAGCAACCUCGGAAGAAGAGCGUGACCUUCUGUUUGACGACACGUGGACCAGAGAAAGUUUCAUCGUCUGACUCAGUGGAGCAGGAAACUGAAGACGUUGGGCUCAGCAAGCUGCUUCCCACAAAGAUAACUCGACGACAGCCCCGUCACUGCAGAGAACAGUUUGAAUCUCCAGGCUCAGUCUUGCUACAUACAGGCACCCAAAACCAGCCGGGCAUCACCGACCCUGAAUCAGCUGCAGAACUCUUCAGUUGGCAGAACAACCAGACUACAUUGUUGACCGACCUCCAUUCUGCGAACAUCCUGGUUAGCUCCACACAUCAGAGCACCAUCACAUCCACUGAAACUCAUGCGUCGGUUGUGGACUCCUCUCAAGGAAGCAAAGACCUUCUUCUGCCUCCUUCUGCUUUCAUGAACACUGGCUCUCAAACUAUGUUGGGAAAAGCCAGCAGCCAAGGGACUGGAGACAUCCCCCGUGUUUCUUUUCAUCAGUUUGUUUCUCCCUUCAAACAUGACUCCAGGUAUCCAGAUAUGAAAGCGUCUCAUGAACAAACUAAGGGUCUUGAUGUAGAAGAUGCAAGAAGUGAUCCAGCGUCAUUUCUGACGGGAGAACUGCUCAGCAUUCAGCUCAACAUGAAGAGUUUCCAACAGGACAGGAAACAGCUCAGGUCAUGGCAGAAACUGAGAGAGGUAUUGCAGAGUUGGCUGCAGACCAGUGGAGAGGAUGAGCAAAUGGAAAAAGAUUCUGUUUGUCAGGAGUUGAAGGAGCUGGACGAGCGCAUCGACAGACUCUCCUCCGAACUGACGAAUCAGAAACCAACGAUGCUGCUGCACGCAGAGAGGAUCGAGCGUUUACAGACUGCCCUCCACACGUCGGGAGUUUAUGCUCUCAGUCGGAAAACAAGAGAGAUAGAAACUGUUUACAGCGUGACUGGAAACAGAACCGGUCCUCACACACUCCCAGAGUGAUUACACCUGCUACACAUUCGGACUGUUCGUCUGCUACGAUCACAUUUAUUAAAAUGAUGUGAGACUAUGACAAAGAUUUGAAUCAGAAACAUUCUGACGCAUAUUUUGUUAUAACUUUACUUUGUAGCACUCAGCUGUGUGAGUGUUGUCCAGGUGAUGUUUUUUACUAUUAUUAAAUAUCAUGUAAAUGGUCUUAAAACUGUCUCUGCAUAUAAAUCCAAGUACUUAAAAGGCGUCUUCACCUCGACACUUCUAUGAAAACGUUGGAUAGGGGUUGUCCUUGCAACAGCUGGUGUUAAAUAUUUUCCAUAUGUGUGAAAAAAGUGACUUUCUCAGAGGAGUGGCCUUACGCAAUAGGUUUUCUAUUUCCCCAUUAGCACCAGCGUCUCUUUCACUUUUAGAGGAUCUUGGCAGGAAAACGAACAGAAAGGGCAACUGUGUGUUGUGCUCUGCGUUAGACAGAUUUGUCCAAAUCUUUGAGCUGCAGCAAUGCGUGGACUUUAUGCAAUUUUGUUCUUUUACAUGUUUGUCUGCUGCAUCAUGGGUACGUUUUUCUUAUUUAUAUGUUUAUAUUGACAAGUUGUUUUGUCUAUAAGAACAACUGUUUUGAUUAUUGUUCUUCUUCUUUUAGUAAUUUGAGCUUUUGAUUGUCGCUGGGAAUGAUGUCUUCCUCUUUGUGGAGCUUUUUGCUUUUCAUGACAUUUAUUCAAACUGAGUGUAUCUUAGAAAUAAAAUAAUUUCACAGUUUACGUUGUAUUCAGAUCUUUACAUUGAGUGGAUGC